AUGUCUUCUUCCAAGCCAUCUGCCACUCGGCCGGCCAAGGACAACAUGCUCGACUUCAGCGCCGGUGAAGCUGAGACUUUCCUAAAGACUUGCACAGCUCGAGUCUAUGCGAGCCAGCCUCGCGAAAUCACCAAGAACUAUCUGGAUUUGGCCGCGCUUUUCGGCGAAGAAGAUUGGGCAGCUGUCUCUGCUUCUAUCCGUAACCGCACACCAGAGCACAUGAGGAUAUUUUACCGCAACAACCGCGACGACAUUAUAGAUCACCUCAUCGAGAAGCUUAGCAACAUGCCACCGACACCACCGGGCAGUGGAGCCAAUUCGCCGAAGGGACCGAAGAGAGGUCGCGAGUCUGACGACGACGAGUCUUCAAACACUGCACCGAACAAGCGACAGACCACCGAGUCAAAUUCACCAAAAGCUCGGCGUACCAAUAGCUCCACGUCGCUGCCCUCAUCAGUUAGUGCUUCUGUGAGCAGCGAAGCGACUGAGCCACGUGAACAGUCCACGUCUGCUUCGAGCUCACCUGACAACAACCUUAAAAUCAGCAACUCGACAAUUCAAAAGGCAGCCGUGGACAGCGCGCAGCAGACAUACUUUGGCGGGAAUAAAGACCAGGAUGAAACCGAAGCUCAAGCAGAGGGUGAUAAUGGGACAGUCUCUCAACUCGAGGCAACGCUUAAGUUCGUCAAAGAACAGCUCGUUCGUACGAAGAAGCGGCAUGCUGAUGAGAUUGCUGCCCUGAAGCAGGAGCAUAAGCUGGAGCUUGACACCAAGACGGCUGAAUUCAAGCACAAGGAAUACCAGUUAUUGGGGCUUGAAGAUCGAAUUAGGAAGCUCGAGGACGAUGAAGAUGAUGUCAAGAAGAACGCUCAAAGAGAAGCAGCCUAUGCUCGAGAAGAAGCCACAAACAAGAUGAUGGAAGCUGACGAGAAAGUCAAAGCUAUCAACGAAAAAGCCAAGAAGCUGGUCUCGCAAGCCAAGAAAGACGCCGAGAAUGAUGUGGGUCGUGUGCAAAAGCAGCUCGACUACAGCAACAAGCAUGCUGAGGAUCAAUUCAAAGAUCUAAAAGAUGAAUGGCACAAGAAUCAGGAUCUGGAGAAGGCCCUGGAAGAAGAAAAGAAGUCAUUUGCCGCCCUUCGAUCUCACCUCAACAAGCUCCAAGAGCGCGCUGGUCUUGAGCGAGAUGGUCGACCGAAGGAGAAUCAGCGCCUCGCGUUCUACGGACUAACGCCGACCAAGCCCUACCAGGCUCCUCUAUACACACAACACGCGGUCAACCAUGCAUGCGAGCGCUACUUCAUGCAGAUGUCCCGAGACUACUUCAAAGCAGACGAGGGCAACUGGUCGAAGUUUGUCGACAAAGUCCAGGGCCUCUACAAGCGCCAUGGCUUCCCUGUUCCAAUCUAUUAUGGAGGCGGAGAGGAGAAGAAAUCGUAG